AUGGAAGACCGCUACGCACCACCCUCAAGUGAGCCUAUUCCUGAAUUCGCCGCACCACUUGCCCCUUACCUCAAAAGCCGCCAGGAGGCCUUUCGUAUCCGCCAAGCCUUGACUGCCUAUGUUCGCUCGCACAUCAUCUUCGCGGAGAAUGACCCGGACAACCCCGAACUCAAUGCCAACUCGCACCUCACCCUUUCUGUACCUCAUGACGCUGUUGUCGGCGUGAAGCCCAUCCCACCGGAGAUUACUGGACUGCGGAGGCAAUACUUGGAAGCUUUACAAGCCAACGUUGCUGCGAGAAGGGAAUAUCAAGCAGUUGUAGAGAAGCAAAAUGCAUAUGAGUCGCAACAACAACAACAACAGAAAGCAACCGAAGCACCGCAAUGCGAUCCUUCUCAGGACCUAAGCGAAUAUGUCAAUCUCCUCCGUGAGCGUCGCCAACUUGCAAAGCUGCAAGUGUUCCAACGCUACUCACAGGAGCUUAAGGAACGAAACAGAAGACGAGCUGAAAGUUUCGAGGAUAGUCACAAAAAGCUUGGAGUGCCGCCAGAGCUGCUGGAUGAAAUGAAUCAACCAUCAUCCAAUGGAGGGGAUAGAGUUGAGGAGUUGAUGCACAGACUGGAGAAGGCAGUUAUUCGAGCGAAAGCUCAGUUUGACAGGGAAAAAGAGCUACUGGAGGAAUUGAAGGCACAAGUAAACCUUGACGAAAAUUCCCUGUCAAGUAACAUCACGCCAGCUGUCAGAACGGCCGCCCUACAACGAACACGUGAUGAACUGAUUCACUGGGUGGAGGAGAAAUUGGUCAGUGCUGGCAGUCACGAAGACAGUGGAUCCAGGCUGGAUCUGGCCCCCGAAGACCUCGAGGAAUCUACGCGCCUAUUUGAGGAGCAGAAAGCGGAGGUUGCACAGCAAUAUGCCGAGUACGUUGAGGCCCGCAAGGCACUGCUAGAUGCCGCCUCUAGAGCAUGUCAGCCUCUUGCAGUACCUUCUGUGUCCCUUUCAAAUUGUUCUACGACUAUCACUCAGAAGAACGAUGUGCCACCGGAGCCGCAAUCGUUGAACGCAAUGGAUGUGCUUUCCUAUACUGAAAAAAAUCUUCUCCCGCUUUCUAAAAGCCAACGGGCACUUGCCUUACAGAAGUUCUACUUAUCCGGCCUACUUGGCAAGGAAAAAGCUACAACUCUCCGUGUGCUCCAUCGCCUGAGAGACGAGAGUCAUCUCCUUCCCGAGUUUCCAUUGCCUGCGGAUCAGCCGCGUUCGAGUCGCGCAGCAGCGACUGCAUCCUUGCGACAUGCUACCAACUUCGCUGAGCCUAUCAAGAAGGACGAAGUAAUUUCUCUAGCUGAAGCAUGGGCAUUUGCAUCCGACGAUGCAGGAGCCAGCGAGCAUGAACAUGUGGAACAGAAGCUGGCCGAAGGGAAUGAAUCACUUCAGAAUGCAAAGCAGGAACUAGAGGCAGUUGCUCGAAUGCUCAAUCAAGAUGAUGAGAGCAUCAUGGGAGAUGAUCAAAAGGAAAACAAGACCACGGACGGAUGA